AUGUGUUUACGUACUUACCUCACUUUGCUUAUCCCUAACUAUAACAACGACGAAAUCGCUCUUCUUCCCAAACGUUGACGACGAUGGCCACAGCCGACGCGGCCAGCGAGCUCCUCAUCGCUCGCCUUCUUGAGCAAGACCUCGAGAAUUUGCGUUCAGCGCGCGAGGCAGAACGUCUGCAACUCGAUUUAGCGACGGCAGCUUCCCAGCUUGCGGCCGGACGCAUCCCUAAGAACACGUACACUCGCAACGCACCCAGUCCCAGCGACUCCGAGAUCGCUCUUGAACUAUACUUGGCUGAACAGACCGCGAGCGCCGACGCGGCAUACGCAGAAAGUCUACAUGCAACCCAAGAGGCAGCGGCGGCGGGCGACUUUCAGUAUGCCCAGAAGGUCGCAGCUGCUGAGAGAAAGGCAGCCCUUGACGCCGCGUUCGCAAGACGCUUGCAGGCGGACGAUAGCGAAGACAUCAACAUGAAUGUGGACGCCGAAGGAAUGCUAUCGCGCGAUGAGAUAGAGAGGAUCAUGUCCGAAGAUCCCAAUGACAAGGGCAAGGGAAAGGCGAAGGGAAAGGCUCCUGAAGUCAAGAGGGAGAUGCAAGACAUCGUCGACAUCCCCAACGGCGCGCCCAAAUGUGGCAUCUGCCUCGACGUCUUCCAGCUCACCCACUCCCCCAUCAAGGCCGCCGCCUCCGCCAACAGCUCCUCCAAGCUUCCCUUUGGCCUCCGACUCCCCUGCCCCAGCGGACACCUUUACUGCAUCGACUGCCUCUCCUCGCACAUCAAGUCGAAGCUCGAUCCCAGCGGCGAUGGCACAGGCGCUGGCCCCAGCGCCAUCGUCUUCCCCAUCCGCUGCCCCGAGUGCAGUCCCGAGGAAUGGCCUUCCGGGAUCACCGACGACGUUGCGCAGCGCGUACUCAGUGAGAAGGGCAUGGUCAUGUGGCACACGCAGCGGUUGUUGGACUCGCUGCCGAAGCUAUACUGCCCGAACAAACAGUGCUCGGCGCUUGUUCAAGCGCACGAGGAUCCUGACCAGCCGAGGGCGGAAUGCCCGUCAUGUAUGCAGGCGAUGUGUGUGCCGUGCAGAGUAGCAUGGCAUCAAGAUCUGAGUUGCGAAGAGUUCCAAGCCUUACCUCCCGAUGAACGAGAUCCCGAGGAUCGGGCGUUACUUGAGCUCGCUCGCGCUCAAUCCUGGCGGCGCUGCCCAGAGUGCAUGGUCAUUGUCGAGCUCACCGUCGGUUGCAACCACAUGAUCUGCCGUUGUGGGACGCACUUCUGCUUCAGAUGCGGAUCCUUAUGGAAGAAGGGCCGCGGACGCGAGCCCGGCCAGUGCACGCGCAACCCGCCAUGCGACCUUUGGGACGAAAAUAUGCUGUUGGACGAGAUGGAACGCCAGCGGCAGGCUCGUGCAGGGGGCAAUGCGAACCGGCCGCAGCCCGCCCAACCACAGCGUGUCGUGCAGCCGCAACCAGUCGUGCAACUUCAGCAAGAGGAUUCGUCGGACGAUGACUCGGAUGAAGAAGCGCACAAUCCUUUCGACGGGGGAUGGCAACCACGCAGAUGGCCCUGGCAGGCCGAGCCAGCAGCGCCCGCGAUGGCCCCAGGCGUGUUUGGCGGAGUGCAGUUCCAACACCGUACACCGACGCCACCGCCAGGCUACCGAGCGGGUAGUUUGGAGUGGAUGACGGAGGAUCCUCAACUCCUCUGCACGCGCCACUGGUUCACCACGAAUAUGGUGCGCGACCUGCGCUGCGGGUACUGCGAUGCCAUGCUCAACUCGCUCGCCGACCUGCGCUACCACCUCGAGCACGUCAACCGGCACCCCGUCUAUGCAUGCUGCGGUCGCUUCUUCCGUCGGAACGAGGACUUUGAGCGUCACUUGGAUGCAGCGCCUGCGCGGUUUGGGAGGCAUGUCAAUCAGUUCCAGAACCAGUGAAGAUGGGCGAGCGUGUAGUCCUCGGUCUUCUACUACUGACGAACAAUACAUGGACUAUACGACUUGAAAUGUUAUGUCUUGAACGACGCACCGAUGUUUUUUGCAUGCGCUUCGAACGUUCGAUAUGGAUAUAUCGGCAAUCAAUUCGGGGUGGUUAUCGUAUAUUGUUUGGAUGCACAAAC